AUGUCUUACCCAUUGAGCCUUCCAGCUGGCAACCCACUCGUAACGCUCACUAACCCUAAACCUCACCUCUGGGUGAUUGAGCUGCACAAUGGACAAGAUGCAAGACUAACGGUCGAGUUAGUGGACCAAGGGCUGAAACCCGCUUUGGACGCAGCUGAGAAGCACUGGCGACAGCAAUGGCGGGCGGCGCAAAAGGCUAAAGAUAAAGAAGGCGGCAAAGGCGCUCUGAUUAUUGUUGGCCGUCGGGAUCAAGAUAAAUUCUUUAGCAAUGGCCUCGACUUCGCAAAUGUGGUGAACAACCCCAAUUUCUUUCCCCUGACGUUCAACCCUCUGCUCAGCCGCUUGAUGACCUUCCCUAUCCCGGUCAUCGCAGCUAUCAAUGGACAUUGCUUUGCGGGGGGCUUCAUGCUCUCGCUUGCCUGUGAUUACCGUGUUAUGACUGACGGUACGAAGCGAAAUGCGUGGUUAUGCAUGAACGAAGUGCACUUCGGCGCUGUUUGGCCUGUGUCGUUCACAGGUGUACUCAGAGCCAAAGUAGGUGAUAGCAACACACAUCGAAAAAUAGCCCUCGAGGGACACCGUUUCACACCUCAAGACGGACUCAAAGCAGGCUUCUUGGAUCACCUCGUCAGUGGCAGCACUGAUGAUGUCCUCGCCAAGGCAGAGCAACUCGCCGACUCCGUAAGUUCCUUGGCGAAUACGGGAGUCUGGGGCUUAAUCAAGGCUGAUCUGUAUCGGGAUUCUUUGGAAUGGGUCGCAAAAGAUCGAAGGAUGACAAACGCCUUCAUCGAGGAUGCGGCCGCCAAAGCUCGUCUAUAG